CCUUUCUACGUCUCUCGUCACCAUAAUCUCAAGUCAAAUUUCCACCUUCUCCCGCUCCCCUCUCUCCUUCCCUCUGGCUCUUGAGCAAUGGCUGACUCCGUAAUCGCUGAGAUCCCCGUGAACCCGCCCACCAAGAAAGGGAAGAACAGCAGGAAGGCUCUGAAGCCGAAGAACACGAACCUUCCUCCACCAAACGAAGAACUCGAUGUCUCGGCCCAGAAGCCAUCACCGGCGGUUGAAAAGGAUGUGCCCUCCGAGGAGAUCCAACAACAGGAGAGCCAGCCCAAGAAGGGCAAAUCGAAGGGAAGGCCGAAGCAGAAGCAGCUGCAAUCAUCACCUUCCUCCUUCGAGAAGGAGCUGCAGGAGAUGCAGGAGAUGAUGGAGAAGUUGAAGAUCGAGAAGGAGAGGACUCAGGAGAUGCUGAAGGAGCGGGACGAGAUGCUGAGGCAGAAGGAGGAGGAGCUCGAGUCGAAGGGCCGGGAGCGGGAGAAGCUCCAGACCGAGCUCAAGAAGCUGCAGAAACUCAAGGAGUUCAAGCCCACGAUGACGUUCCCUAUCGUUCAAGCUGUGAAGGACAAGGAGCAGGACAAGAAAGAGAAGAAGAAGGGGUGCCAUGAGAAGAAGAGGCCAUCGCCGCCUUACAUUCUCUGGUGCAAAGAUCAGUGGGCUGAGAUCAAGAAGGAGAACCCUGAAGCAGAGUUCAAGGAGAUCUCGAACAUAUUGGGGACGAAAUGGAAGAAUGUUACUGCUGAGGAGAAGAAGCCCUACGAGGAGAAGUACCAGGCGGAGAAGGAAGCAUAUCUGCAGAUUCUCGCAAAGGAGAAGCGCGAGGCUGAAGCGAUGAAGCUUCUUGAAGAGGAGCACAAGCAGAAGACUGCCAUGGAGCUGCUCGAACAGUACCUCCAGUUCAAGCAAGAAGCGGAAAAGGAGACCAAGAAGACCAAGAAAGAGAGGGACCCGCUGAAACCGAAGCAGCCCAUGUCAGCGUUCUUCCUGUUCUCCAAUGAGAGAAGGGCUGCUCUAGUUGCAGAAAACAAGAAUGUCUUGGAGGUUGCGAAAGUCACCGGCGAGGAAUGGAAGAAUAUGACUGAGGAUCAGAGAAGGCCAUAUGAGGAGAUGGCUAAGAAGAAGAAGGAGAAGUAUAUGGAAGAGAUGGAGGCAUACAAGCAGAAGAAGGAAGAGGAGGCGGAGAGUUCUCGAAGGGAGGAGGAAGAGCAGAUGAAGCUACAGAAGCAGGAAGCCCUGCAGCUGCUCAAGAAGAAGGAGAAGGCUGAUAACAUAAUCAAGAAAACGAAAGAGAAUCGGCAGAAGAAGAACGGAGAGAAAAAGAAUGUCGACCCGAACAGGCCUAAGAAGCCAGCCUCCUCAUUCUUCCUGUUCAGCAAAGAGACGAGGAGGAUCCUGUCGGAGGAAAGGCCAGGGAUCAACAACUCGACCCUCACUGCGCUGAUUUCAGUGAAAUGGAAGGAAUUAAGUGAAGAGGAGAGAGCCGUAUGGAAUGGAAAAGCUGCAGAAGCAAUGGAAGUGUACAAGAAGGAACUCGAAGAGUACAACAAGUUUGUUGCUGCUGGUGAUGACAGAACUGAGCAGUAGAUGGAAAUGGUUCGAGUUUGUUAGAGAGGACAGAGGGAAUAGCGAGGGCCAUCGAUUUGAUGGCGUUUGUUAGGACUGACAAUUGAAGGUUUUCCUUUCGGAUUCGGUACAUCGGAAUCAAUUCAAUCAGUUUUAUGGCUUCUUAAGUCUUCCUUCAUCCUGCAAUGAAAAAGAGCAUGGAUUUUGCAAUGAGACAAUCCUCCUCCUUUUUCCAAUU